CCAGGAAAACACUGCUACCUUCCCCAAAUGUCAAACUUCCCCCUCGUCCUCCCGCCAACGCCUUUCGCCAUGCCUCCUACGACCACCAGCACCAUCUCCGGCACAGAUAUCCGACCUACCCGCCGGUCUUCAACUCGCCCAACAACAGUAACAGUAUACCUCCACCUUCCUACCAGCCCCGGUCCCAAAACCAGAAUUGCAUUACUGGAAGGCUACGACCGGACAACGUGUGCAGACUUGUGUCAUUUGGUUAAAGCAUGUCCGGUUUUCAAGCCUUUCUUGAGCGAGGAUGUUCUGUUACGUGUAUGCUGUGCGGGGAGUGUAGAGUGGGAGGGCGAGAAAAGUUUGAAGACGCUUGACAAGCUAGGGGUGGGACGAGAGGGGGAAUGCGUAGUGUGCUUGAUUUAUGAUCAGAAGCUGGAUCCUGGUGGCAUUACACCUAAAAAAGCAGUGGCAAAAGCUGCGAACGCCUUGAUAUCAGACGUAAGCGACGCCUUCCGGCGAACCGACUUUCGGUUUGGCAAGUUUCUGAAAUUUGGGAAUGCUGGAAAGAUUGGAAUUGAAUAAAUAACCGAAUGAAAGAAAUACCUUCGUGUGCAGUCUGGCGGGUUUUCUAUCGCAGGCUUUGUUUACCAUCUUGGCGUAGUGAAUGAUAAUUAAGAUUAUUAUGGUG